AUGAAUUCCACAAUAAGCAAUGUCACCGCCGCGCCGCAGCCAUUCGUCGAAAAUUUCACCAUUGGCGAAACAUUGUUCUACGUGAGCUGCGGAGUUAUUGGGACCAUCUUCAACUCUAUUGUGUUAUGGAUCGCUCUUCGCUAUAUCAACACCGAAGAUAAGCCGAGACAAAUAAUUGUUAUCAACAUGACCAUGGCUGAUUUGUUAAUGAGUAUAGUUUAUAUGGAUACUCGUCCUUGGCUCUCAUAUUUCAAUCCAGUCUUAUGCCAUCCGUAUUACUUAAUUAUUUGGACUUGUCAAAUGUGCAGUUGUUUGAACCUGGUUUGGUUGAACGUCGACAAGCUGAUCUACAUCCAAUUCCCAUUGCAUUACUAUCAAAUAGUUAACCGAAAGCGCCUUUUAUGGAUAUCUACGGCAACGUGGAUUGGACUUAUCGCUCUUAACAUGUGUUUCGUCAGCUUUUUAAGUGUUCAUGGAGGAUGCCUCCAAACCCGCCUAAAUCCAUAUAUUUACCUAUUAAAUCCAAUUUUCUAUGUCGUCAUGAUAAUCACGUCAUUCUCACUAUCUGCAUUGAUCUACUGCAUUGCUCAUAAUUUGACGCAUAUGGAAGAGCGUCAGAGAUCGAAGCUGUUUCGCCGACUGUUCUUCUUAUUCUCUAGCACUCUUUGGACGUUCUUCACAUGCCUUCCUUAUCGGGUUUUGUAUCUCUUCAACAGUUUCUGUGGCGAAAUGUGCCGUAAUGAAGCGUUCUUUGUCACCACCACCAUGUUCUUUCGGCUAUUGAUCGUCGGCAUCAUGAUCAAUCCGGUGAUUACAAUUUGGACGCAAAGGAUUUAUCGCCUACGUUUGGUGCGAAUUGCUGGUAGACUUCGGGCCAAUAGUUCAACCGAAGUUCUUAUGGUUUCCAAUCGACGUGCAUCGGAUCGACCGCCAGAACAUCAACCACUUCGAUGUGACAUUUGA